GCAAUGGUCAUGUGUCUCACAAUACACUCCAACCUCCAGAGGUGGACAUUGUGUCACCACCUGUGGCUGCCAGGGACCCAUUACCUCCACUGCAGAGAGUGCCUCAUGUCAAUUCCAUGUUCACGGAAGAUAAGCUUUCCCGUGAGAGCUCCCUGGCCUCCAAUCCUCAGGUUCAGGAUGUGCCUGAGGUGUCUGUGGACCUGGUGGCUCCUGAUGAUGUUGAGAAACUGGAACCAGAGAAGGAGGAAGAUGUUUGCACAUCCCUGUCCAUUCCCAAGUCCACUCCUGAGACUCUAUCCAUGAAUGAGAAAUUAGAAGAGAACGAAGAUAUAAAUUCAAUUAUGGCAUCAGCUGAACAACAGGCUAGUGAUGUGCUGAAAAGCCAAUCUCAAGCAGUCCUUGAGACCUGUGAAAACGUUGUAUCAAUGAAGAAAAAUGCAAUAAAAAAAAUUGUCAGUGAAGAAAAUGAAGUUGAAAGCAAAGUGGUGGUUACUAAUAAAAAG